AUGGCACCUACCGCAGUGGAGUCAACUGCUACAGUGCCCAACCAGUCCAUUUUCAAAAGCGAGAAGACCAUCGACCUCUCCGUGUUUCCCGACGGAUUCAAAACGUCGGGGCAACACCCGCCACUCUACGACCAGCUAUAUCCCUACAGCGCCUUCCCCAAAAGCAUCUCCGGCCCGACCGUCUGGGAAGCGGACGACUACGCGACGCACCCAGAACGAUGGACGCACGUCUUCUCGCCGGAGGAGAUCGCAGAGCUCUCUGAGGCAGCAGACACGUUCAUCCGCGAAGGCCAUCCGCUGACGGGGAUCAGCCCGAGCAACUUCCCACUACCAAAUCUCUCUGCAAGCCUGCAAGCGAUGCGCAACGAGCUCCUCAACGGCAAGGGCUUCAUCCUGUACAAGGGCUUUCCCGUCUCUAAAUGGGGGACCCACAAGUCCGGCGUCGCCUACUUCGGGCUGGGGACGUACAUCGGGUACCCCGUCUCGCAGAAUGGGCGCGGCCACAUCCUGGGCCACGUAAAGGACCUGGGCGAGGACAGCACGGCGAUUGACAAGGUGCGCAUCUACCGGACCAACGCGCGCCAGUUCUUCCACGCCGACGACGCCGACGUCGUCGGCCUGCUGUGCCUCGCCCGCGCCGAGGAAGGCGGCGAGUCCGAUGUCGCCUGCGUCCACAAGGUCUGGAACAUCUUACAGGACGAGUACCCGGCCGUCGCGGAGCUGCUGGCCUCCCCCGUCUGGUACUUCGACCGGAAAGGAGAGGUCAGCGUUGGGGAAGAGCCGUACAUCCGCGGCAGCGUGUUCUACCUCGAGACGCCCGAGGCCGGCAAGCCGCAGCGUCUGUAUUGCAAGUGGGACCCGUACUACGUGCGCAGCUUGACGCGCUUCUCGGAUGCGGGCAUCAUCCCGCCGCUGUCGGCGGAGCAGGUGCAUGCGGUCGAGACGCUCGAGAACGUCUGCGCGCGUGUCAAGCUGCACAUGGUCCUCGAGGUCGGCGACAUUCAGUUCGUGUCCAACGCUCACAUCCUGCACGCCCGCACCGCCUACAGGGACUACGCCCCGGACUCCGGCAUGCCUCGCCGCCACCUCAUGCGCCUGUGGUUGAGCACCCCGCUCAGCGAGGGUGGCUGGAGACUGCCCUUCCACGACGCCAACGAGCGCAAGAGAGGCGGCAUCCAGGUCGACGAUACCCCGCCCGUCGCAAGGUUGGAUGCUGAUUGA